UUCCAUCCAGCUUCCCCGCAACGCCCUCCGACUGACAGUGGGAGAGUCACGGUACCCAUGGUCGUCUGCAUUAUCCUGGGGGCCCUGCUCUGCCUGGUCUUAAUCAUUCUGGGGGUGCAGGUGCGAAGUGCCAGGGCACAGCGCAGAGGCUCCAGAAGACCCAUGUAUCCCGUCUCAGAGGCCGUGUACGAGGAGAUCGAUUAUAACCUGAUGAGAGAGAAGCAGGAGAUGUUCAGUCGCUCAGUCUCCUAUUCAGAUGACUCAGUGACGAAGCUGCAGUAUUACACCGGGGACAGCGAGGGGGAAAACGAUUCUGAAUCAGAACAAGAGGGAGCUUCCCUAGGGGGGUCUCAGCUGGAUUACGAUGAUGUGGAGGAGCCUGCCUUGAACGACGUCCCCCAGACUCCAGACGGCCGAGAUGCCCCUGCCCUGCCUGGAGAUGUCCCAGGGGAUGGUUAUGAUGAUGUCAGAGAAGUGUCUGACCCUGAAGGUGACCCUGGUUUGGGGCAGAAUAAUGAGAAAGGCACUGGGGCGAGUGACAGGGAUUCACAGACAGGUUGGGGUCAGCACUCGCUAAGGGGUGAAGUUGUCUCUGGGGUGGAGAAGGAAACCCCGUCCCUGCCUCCUGGAGACACAGGAUAUGAUGAUGUGGGAAAUGGUGAUUCUGGGGGUUCAAUAUCAUAACAAUUUGAUUGGACAAAAUAACCCUGUGAUGAUGUAAACGCUUCACCUCUUUGUCUCAGAAAUGAUGCCCAGAGGAAGUCCCUUCCUGGUUGAUAGAUAAAGCAAGUAUUUUUUAUGGGAUUUGUGUGAAGUUUCAGGAAAUGCAAAAGUGAAUGGGAAAAGGUUCAUUAGCUUUCUUUGUAUAAUUUUCCAUUGU